AUGCACCCAAAUGAAAGAGAGCUUGUCUUUCGUGAGCUAACAAAAGUGGAUACAAAGUAUAAGUUUUUUUAUGCAACGCCAGAAUUUGUCUUGUCAUAUCAAGCAAAAGUAUGCUUUGAAGCUAUGGUUGAAAACGACACACUGAGACGAUUUGUUGUGGAUGAAGCUCAUUGUGUUGAUACUUGGGGGAAUAGUUUUAGACCUGCAUACAACAACCUUUCUGAGCUCAAAGCAUUUAGGAAGUCAUUUUGUGCUUUUACCGGGACUGCAACUCCUCGAACACAAGCACAAAUAGUUCAGAAAUUAGGUCUCAUGACACCAGAAAUUUUUCAAGCAUCCUGUAAUCGGGAAAAUUUACAUUUUGCGGUAAUGAAGAAAGGGGAAAAACAUCCCAAAGAAGACCUAGUAGAAUAUAUCAAGGUGAAACACGCCAAACAAUGUGGCAUUGUUUAUUGUUUCUCCACUAAAGAUACUGUUGAGCUUGCUUACAUCUUCAAGUCGAAAGGUUUACCUGCAACGUAUUACCACGGUCAACUUGAUCAUUUUGAGAAGAAAGAAAAUGCAAAAGCUUGGCUAGAGGGCAAGGCACUUAUCAUGUGCGCGACAAGUACUUUCGGCAUGGGGAUUGACAAGUCUGAUGUAUGGUUUGUAAUCCAUAUCACCUUGCCCAGAUCAAUGGAAGACUACUAUCAGGAAGCUGGUAGAGCAGGGCGUGAUGGCAACCCGUCCACGUGCAUUAUCAUGUUUAGGUUUAUGGAUAGAAACCAACUUCUCCGCACAAUAUCACCUCAAACAGCCGAUGAUAAAAAAGAUUACUUGUGA